AUGAAGAUUAUUGCUGUGAUGGAUCAUGAAUCCUCGUUUUACACAAAAUGGCCCACGUGUGGAAAUAUGAAUGUACGAAAAGGCCUGCGAUGUGUGAAAGAAGAGAUGUCCCGAUGGAAUCAAUUAUCGGCUUUGAGAAAUUGGAUGUUCCAUGUACAGUUUAUUAGUCUUAACAAAGAAGGCACCGCUGAAUUUUACAUGUAUCAUGUUCUAUGGAGCAUACCCACAUCAGCAUAUCCGGAGCCAUAUGUGACUGUCAGCGUGUUCUUCUGCAUCGUGGCGAGUCGCGUGCAGCCGCCGCACUUUCCAGUCGACGUCACAUAUGUAUUCGAAGGACAUCAGUUUGUGCACCCAUUAGAUGUAGUUUUUCAACCGAAGUGGCUCUAUGACAUUCUCGACAUGAAAACCAUACUGUUUAAAACAUUCACGUUUUAAAAUAUCUCUUAUUCCUCUUAAUGUUUCUCUUUUAAA